AUGUUCUCGCCGGCGCGGAGUAAACGCGGGGGCAGUGUGCUGAAUCUCAAGCCCCUCAAAUCUUCCAAGCGCACAAUCGAUCCCUACUGCAUCGUCCAGCUUGACCACACCUUGGUGGGGAAAACAACCGUCAAGCCCAAAACUGAGUCGCCCAUCUGGGAAGAAGUCUUUGAAACCAACGCCGAUCGCGCCGAACACAUUGAGCUCCUUUGCUACAGCAAGGCCUUGGUUGGAGAUGGCACUUUUCUGGCCAGCCUCAAGGUCAACCUCGCCGAUUGCAUCGAAGGCGACAGUGGGACCACAGAUCUUUGGUUUGAACUCGAACCUGCCGGAAAAGUCAAAGUGAAGAUUGACUGGGCACAGGCCGUCACCGAACCCCGCAAAUUCGUCGCGCGCGCCAAUCGUGGUCGCCGUGGGGCCAUGAAGCGGAAGAAAAUUCAUGUGGUCCUCAAUCAUCGCUUCGUGGCUCUGUUCUUGCGCCAACCCACAUUCUGCAGCCAUUGUUCCGGCUUUUGCUGGGGUCUUGGAAAACAAGUGUGCGGUGUCGUCGUGCACAAAAAGUGCCACGAAAAAGUCAUCACCUCGUGUCCUGGCGGCCAAGACAAGCGCUUCAACAUCAGCUUGCCGCACCGCUUCAAGGUCCACAACUACUUUCGACCCACGUUUUGUGACCACUGUGGCUCCCUACUUUGGGGGUUGCGACAUCAAGGACACCGUUGCCAGGCCUGUGGGUUCAAUUCGCACAAGCGAUGCCUCGCCAAUGUGGCCCACAAUUGCGGCGUUGAUGCCAAGGCCUUUUCGGACAUCUUGUCGGAGAUUGGCACCAGUGUCAGCCAACUUGACGGAGUGCGUCUUCUGCCCCCUUUCUCACAAUCCAAACGUCUCUCCGUUCGUUGCCACACGAGGGGCUGUCGAGUCUCACCAAGCUGCCCUGGCUGUUGCCACGGGGCGACCUCUGGUGCUGUGCCUCCCAGCAGCAUGCCUCAUGGGCCCAAAAUCGAGGAUUACAACCUUCUAAAAGUCUUGGGCCGUGGCUCCUUUGGCAAGGUGCUUUUGGCCGAGGACAAGCGCAACCACAUGGCGGUGGCCAUCAAGGUUUUAAAGAAGGUGCAUAUUCUUGAGGACGACGACGUCGAGUGUGCCCUGACUGAGAAGAACGUGCUGGCCGUCGCUACACAACACCCCUUUCUCACGCAGCUUGUCUGCACGUUCCAAACACCAGAUAAACUUUACUUUGUGAUGGAGUUUGUACCCGGCGGUGACUUGAUGUACCAGAUUCAAAAGAGUCGCAAGUUUGAGGAACCCCGAGCCCAAUUCUACUGCGCUGAAAUCGUGUGCGCCUUGCUGUUUCUGCACAAGCGCGGCAUUAUUUACCGCGACUUGAAGCUGGACAAUGUCAUGUUGAAUGCCGCCGGGCACUGUCUCCUGGCUGAUUUUGGCAUGUGCAAAAUGGGCGUCAGUGACGGGCGCACGACGAAUACCUUUUGUGGCACGCCCGACUACAUUAGCCCCGAGUUGAUUCGUGAGGAGGCAUAUGGCCCUUCCGUGGACUGGUGGGCGCUGGGGGUGCUGACCUAUGAGAUGUUGGUGGGGCAACCACCCUUUGAUGCGGAGGAUGAGGAGGAUCUCUUUGAUGCAAUCUGCAACGACAGUGUCUUGUUUCCGGCCUGGGUCAGCAAGACGGCGCGCGCCCUCAUCGAGGCAUUUUUGACGCGUCCCAUUCCGCGGCGAUUGGGCUGUGCCUCGACGGGGGAGCGCGAUAUCAAAACGCACGCCUUUUUUGAGGGUCUGGAUUGGAUGAAGCUGGAGGCGUGUGAGUUGACCCCUCCCUUUGUCCCUCACAUAAAGUCAAGCCUGGACGCGAGCAACUUUGACCGCGAGUUUACCUCGGAGGCCGUGCGGUUGACCCCCACCAACCCAAAGAUGAUUGAGGGCAUUGAUCAGGGCGAAUUUGCCGGCUUUUCUUACAGCCACAGUUCGUUGGUAUGA